AUUAGAAAAAGAUCAGCUGUCAAUCUACAGUUAGUGUCAAAAAUUGUACAUUAUAUUUUCAAUAUUGUUUACAAAAUGCCGAAAAGUACAACGGAGGAUUAUACGAGAUCCAGUGAGAAACAGAGGAGUUUAAGCAGGAGUACUGCAGGAUUUCAGGUCCCUCUACACUUCGCAAUCCACAAGCCAGGAUGUCACUUCGAGAGCUGCUGCGGCAUCUGCAACCUGUUCCCAGGAGUACUCCUGAUAGCCUUCACCCAAGUCCUGGUAGGCUCCAUCCUACUGACCCUCAUCCUGACACACGGACCACAGUAUGAUGAGAUGCAUAUGACGCCUACUACACAGUUUAUAAGUCUCGCAACAGGAAUUGUUCUUAGCGGCAUCACUGGUGCAGGACUACUACUCAUAGUGGUUGCAUUGACGGAAAAUAAUGCUGGUAUGUACACAUUAUUGGAUCUCGUGUACCUACUUGUGGCCACGAUAGUCUGGUUGGGUCUGGUGUCGUUAGGCGUCACCAAGAUCGGACGAGCUUGCGUCAGGUUCCAAGAUGCUCCCAAGAUAAAAGCUGAAGAGCACAGACUUGCAAACUUGGCUUGUGUCAGUGGACUCCUAACGUUCCUGGGUGCCGUUCUUUACUUCUUCUCGAUCGUGGUGGUGUUCAGUUUCUACCACUUCAGAUAUGUCCGAAGAGCCAUACUUCUGCACGAGAACGAAUGCGAAUGAUUUCGGCUUUCGGGUCUCGGCCUCGGCCUCCCAACUGGCCGAACGUUCCGAAAUUAAUUAUAUUAAAUGGAUUUUUUAUGACCUUUAUAAAAAGUAAACGCUGAAAAUGGCUAAGUGACUUUAUGCGAAAUGAAACAUUAAAUAAAUGAGUUUUGAUAUCAUUUUAGUUUA